AUAGAUAGAUAUAGAAUAUAUAGGAUGGGAUCACUAGCAGUCGUUCAACAGUUGCAUACACUCUCAUUGGAUCCAGAUCACAGAGAGUUCAUCGUUAAGGACCAAGGCUGUUUGCCAGCUUUGGUCAUGUUUUUGUCAUCGACAGAGGAGGCCGUCGUAUCGACCACACUCGACACACUCGGUCUGUUGGCCCAGAACGAUAACAACCGUCCACUGAUGCUUAAGGAGCCUGGUCUCAUGUCUGGCCUCAAGAAGUUGGCCACCACCUCCACCGACGACAACGACACCACCACAAACAACAACACCAUCAGAACACAAUCUAGCGCUAUUGUCGCCCAGCUGGAACCUCAGACACCACCUACCUCCUCCACUACGUUCCACGCCGCGCCCGCCCCCGUCAAGCUCCAGACAUCGUUCUCCAUGCUGGUCGGCGACAAGUUUGCCGGCGGCUCCCAGCACCGCGUACCCAACGGCGCCGCCUCCAACGCCAAGACUCUGAUCUUCUUCAUCAAGGGCAUGAACACCGAGGCCCUGAAGAAGCAGGUUGAGGAGUGUCUGCUCAAGACCAAGGGCAUCAUCUCGUUCAUGAUCGACCUGCACACCUACCAGGCCACCAUCCGCUGCACUAUCGGCUCCGACGAGAUCAAGGCAGCCAUCAGAUACACACUCGGUCUGCAGGCAUCGCUCAUGAUCGAUGGUCAAGAGGAGGUGGACAACUCGCCCGACUACCUGCCCGAGAUCAACGGUGGCAACACAAACUCCUCCAAGAAGUCCAACUGGAGCUGGAACUCCAUCGUCUCUUUCGGCACAUCCACCGACAAUGCCAAGCCUGCCAACCAGAACUGGGGCUGGGGUUCAAUCUCAAAGGCACUCUUUGGUUAA